AGGGCUAUACAGCGCUCUGGGGAGGGAGUAAUUUGUUUUCUCAUCAAUUCCAGCCCAGAUUUAAGCAAUGUAUUUUUCCUGGACUCCAGAGAAGCUGAAAUGACGAGAGCAAAGUUUUAGUGGCCUUCAAAACCUUUGAUAACAACAACAUCAAGAACAGAGACGUAGAAAAAGUUACUUUUAUGGUACAAUAUAUUAAAGUAGACAAGUUACUUUCCUGGUACAGUAUGUUAAACAAGUUACUCUCCUGGCUUGUUUCUGCAGCAUGGAGAACGCUUCAUGAAAUAGUGGUUGGCUGAAAGUCUUUUUGGCAUCAGCACACCGAAGAGUUCAGAAUGUUACAAAAUCACCAUAUUGCAUUUCCAUCUAGCCAGUUUUACACUAUAUGGGCUCUGUUGGGCAUGUUCAUGACUGUUGGAAUAUAUGGAGAGUACUACACUAACUGCUCCUCCUUGCUAGCUGGCCAGUAUCUCUGCACUGAAGUAAACGUCGACCCUCGCACACAGCAGCCUCAAGGUUGUACCAGAGCCGGCCGAGCCAAGGUUCUGUGCACCUCGGCUCCUGGCAUCGUUUGUACAGAAACUAAUAAUGGAACUUUUGAACGUGAAAUUCCAUGCAAAUACACAAAUGGCUAUUCAUAUGAAACGGCCUUGCUGCUCUCAGUAUUUCUGGGAAUGUUCGGUGUAGAUCGCAUUUAUCUUGGCUACUAUGCAGUAGGUCUUGCCAAGUUCUGCACCCUGGGAUUCUUAUUUCUUGGGCAGCUUAUUGAUAUUAUUCUUAUCGCUACACAAACAGUUGGACCUGCCGAUGGCUCACACUAUGUCAUAAGUUAUUACGGAGCUGGUAUUGAGGUUAUUCGUAUGGAUAAUAUGACUUACAGAAUGCCCCAAGAAGAUUGGGGUACAGUGGGCCGAGGUGUAAAGGAUCUCUGAAGUUUCAUGUGAAGAGGCCAGUAAGGGUCUUAUAAUUCAUAAGAUACGUAAUUUAUUUUUUCUUUAACGCACUGGCUGUCUCCCACUGAGGCAGGUGAUCUGAAAAAAAGUUUUUCAUCUUUGUUGCAUUUAAUAAUUUACACAGGAGAAGGGGUUACUAGCACCUUGCACCUGGCAUUUUAGUCACCUGUUAUCACAUGUCUGGCUACGGAAGAAGGAUUCUUUCACAAGAUAUGAAAAAAUACUAUCUUUUGUGUUUAUUUAUUCUUGCGUCCACUUAAUUUGUACAUUAUUUUCUGACUGCACAGUGUAAAUAUUAACCUUGUAUUUCACCAUAUUUCUCUAUAUAGCACUGGCUGUUUUAAAUACCUGUAUAUAUUAGUCAUAGUAACAAAAAUAAAAGGUAGGAUUUAUCAUACAUUUCAUACAUGUAUCUGUAUUAACGAAAGCCUGUAAUUGUUUUACAUGAUGGUAGGAUUGCUGGUGUCCUUUU